CCGAAAACCCCGUAUAAAAGCUCGCACCGUCUUCCAACGGAUCAAACCACCCCUCGAAAAACCUCGGAAAAGGGAAGGAAAAAGAAGGGAGGGCCGCGGCAUGGACACGCACAUCGGCAAGUUCAUGGACUCGGUGGGCUCCAUCUUCCGCGGCGGCGACGUCCUCCCCUGGUGCGACAGCGACAUCAUCGCCGGUUUUGAGAGGGAGAUUGCUGACGCCACAAAUGAAGAACAGAAAAAUGAUAGCCUUAUGAGAUUCUCAUGGGCGCUUGUUCACUCUAGACAGCCUGAAGAUGUCAACCGGGGCAUCGCAAUGCUUCAAGCUUCAUUGGACAGGCCUAGCAGCCCGCUGCAAACAAGGGAGAAGCUCUAUUUGUUGGCUGUUGGACAUUACAGAACUGGGGAUUAUACAAGAAGCCGACAGCUUUUGGAAAGAUGCUUAGAGAUUCAACCUGACUGGAGGCAAGCCCUGACUUUGCAGCGGCUUGUUGAAGAAAAAACCAGAAGAGAUGGUAUGAUUGGCAUGGCUAUCAUCACUGGCGCCUUUGGACUUGUGGGGCUUGUUGCUGGUGGUAUAAUUGCUGCUGCCUCGUCCUCGUCAUCUUCAUCCAGGAAGAAAUGAGGAUCUCUUGUGUGAAGUGAUAAGAAAUCAAGAUGGGCAAAAACUUGAUGACAAGUCGGACAUCACUUUUGUGCUUCUUGUGAAGGGACGCUUUUUGGUAGUGUGAGACCAGCCUUGCAUUGUGUGUUCAAACGAGAGUUAUGUAUUGUUAAUAACAUGAUAGUUGUCAGUAGAGGGUGAGGCACUGUGAAUCGGAGUAUCGGAUUGUUGUACACUUGCUGCAGAACAUGCUGUCACCAUAUAAUAAGAGAAUUCAUAAUAACCUGAAGGAGAUUACUUCA